ACUGGGAAGUCAUUUGCGAGUGGUGCUCGUCAUUUUCACGCGGACUCCCUCCCUCCCUCCCUCCCUUCUCUCUGCCUGCAAAUAUCCUCCUCCCUUUUCUUCAUCAAUUCAACCCAAACACUAAUGCAUCGAGACACAUCAACCUUUUCAUCUCCACUAGACAUGAACCCUAACAAGUUCCCAGACCACGAGCACCUCAAAUGCCCUAGAUGCGACUCCACCAACACCAAAUUCUGCUACUACAACAACUACAACCUCUCACAGCCUCGCCAUUUCUGCAAAAACUGCCGCCGUUACUGGACCAAAGGCGGAACUCUACGCAACAUCCCCAUCGGUGGCGGCACUCGCAAAAUCACAAAACGAAAUAGCAGUGUAGGCAAACGCACGUCACCGGCGCCGGUGACGACGUCACCACCCGUUCCGGUUCAACUGAAAUCGGAACCGGAACAAUCGGUUGUGUACCGAGUAGGUGGUAAUGGUAAUAACAAUAAUAAUAAUAAUCAGGUGGAUACGUCUGGUGGUUAUCCGAUGGGACCGUUUGGUAAUUUACUAAUGGAAGGAUUGAAUUUUAACCUAGUGAGUAAAUCUGAUGAGGAUGUGUUGAUUCGAAAUCCGAUUGCGGAUGAUUUUCGAAGCAAUUUGUUGAAGUUGAAUGAUAACACUGAUCAGACUGGUUCGAAUGAAAGAGGAGAAUCGAGUUGUUGGAACGGUGGAGAGAGUGGAUGGCCUGAUCUUUCCAUUUUUACUCCAGGUUCGACUUUUCAUUAAUAUUAAUAUUAAUUAAUAUAUCUAGGGUUAGUUGGAUCUUCUUGUUCUGAAUUGUAGUGAAAUCUGAUGCGUUAUAUUUAAGUUUUUAACUUCGUUGGUGUAAUAUAUAAGUGUAAGGAUGUAAGAAUCUGACGUUGGAUUGUCGAUUUUGAUGAUGAAGAUGAAGAAAUUGAUAUCUAGAUAUUGGAUCUGUGA